GAUGGAGACGAUGCGACUUGGUUAGCUAGCCAGCUAGCUGUUUACAAUAAUGAAAAGAUGGCAAAUGGUGCGCGGUGCCGUGCGUCUGAAAGCCUGUGAAACGCAUUUCCCCUCACAAUAUGUGCCGUCUGUUUGCGACUUUAGUGGGCUGUAGCUCGGUGUAAACAGUGACCACCUGGAGAAUAUUCAAGAGGUAGCAAAAAAGACUGCUGUCUAUCAAGGGACAGGAAUGUUCAUCACAACCCAGCCCUGAGAGGAUAGCAAAAUGGCACUGAGAGAGUUAAAAGUUUGUCUUCUCGGGGACACAGGGGUUGGAAAGUCAAGCAUUGUUUGGAGAUUUGUGGAGGACAGUUUUGACCCAAAUAUCAACCCAACAAUUGGCGCAUCCUUCAUGACCAAGACAGUGCAAUACCAAAAUGAGCUGCACAAGUACCUGAUCUGGGAUACGGCAGGGCAAGAGCGGUUCCGUGCUCUGGCGCCGAUGUACUACAGAGGCUCGGCGGCAGCCAUCAUUGUUUAUGACAUCACAAAAGAGGAGUCCUUCCAAACACUGAAGAAUUGGGUGAAAGAGCUGCGGCAGCAUGGUCCUCCCAACAUAGUGGUAGCCAUCGCCGGUAACAAGUGUGACCUAUCAGAUGCCAGGGAAGUCUUGGAGAAGGACGCCAAGGACUAUGCCGAUUCCAUCCAUGCCAUCUUUGUGGAGACCAGUGCCAAGAACGCCAUCAACAUCAACGAAGUCUUCGUAGAGAUAAGUCAGCGCAUCCCUGUUCUAGAUGCAACAGGAGGACCUUCGGGAAAGGGUUUCAAACUGGGACGCCAGACCUCAGAAUCCCGCAGGACAUGCUGUUGAUGAUGCCAGCGGCUUACCACGAGAUGACCUUUGAC